GUCAGUGCGAAAAUUCACGUCGCACUACCGGAUAUUUUUGUAGUUUUAAUCUUUUUAAUUAUUAAAUAUCGACUAGGAUCAAUUUCAUAAAUAUAUACAAAAUUCACAUAUGUUUUGUUUAUCACUCAAAAAUUAGGAAUAUGUAAUACAUAAUUUUCCAAGUAAAAGAAAAUUGUAAGACUGAUCUAAUCUUUGAAAGAAUUUUGUUUGCCAGCCAUUUUACAAGUAUGAAGUUACGUCUGGGAAGAGAGAGGACAAAAGCAGAAUCAAACAUGAGUGUGUAUAAAUGUAAGAAUAUGUCUUUAGGCAAGUUGGUGGUAGGGGACAUUGAACAAGGGAAUAAUCACUACGUGUUUACAUAUAUAGCUGAUAGAUAUGUAUAUAAUUAACACCAAAAGCUCGAAUCCUGCUUUGGGUAUACAUUCUUCUUUUCUAUCCCAUAAUGAUUCGAACAAUGAGCCAUGAGAGAAAUCCAGCUACGAGCAGAACAAAACAAAAUGAUCGACAACUUCACUUCGCUUUUACAGUAUUUUGACUUCAAACUCGAAAGUCAAGAGAAACAUUUUUAUAGAAUAAGUAUCACUCAUGCUAAUAUUUGAAAGGAAAAAUAAUGACUUUUUCGCUUUUUUUUUGUUAUCCUAUAAGCUUUUUGAUGAACUAUAUAAUAUAUAAUGAAUAAAGAGUUUUUUUUUUUGACCUAGUUAUACUGUUAAAAAAAAACCAGCUAUAAUGUUCAAAAAAAUCCCUAGACAUAUAUCAUUACUAAAAUUUACACCAGCACGUCUAACACUAGCUAGUAAACCAAGUUGUGUGAGGAUGAGGGGGAAUGUACAUGAAAAGCAAUUAUACAAUUACAACGUGUUUGUAAUUGUACCAUAUAUAUACUCUAGUGUGUUGGCAAUAUAGAUAAUAUAAACCGUCUUUUAACCAAAAAUAAUCUAGCGAAAAUUUGAAAAUCAUCCUAAAUUGUUCAGUCCGUUCAAGUCGACGUAAGCCAAGCCUUUUUAGUCCCAUACACUCCCAUGGAACAGAUAUAUAUACGUAUUUGCUAUGGGCUUUUCUUGGUCUGUUCAAAAUUUAUAUAGUCGAGAAGUUCCUUUUUUUUAAACACUAUAGUUGACAAGUACAAAACAAACUUAAUUACCUAAUUUAACUGCUGUGUCUUUGACUUCUACGUGGUUAAUAUACAGUUCCUAAACUUUCAUUGUCAAUGAGAUUCGUUUUAAAAAGCUUCGGAGACGUAAGAGCACCCGCAAUGAGAAUUCUUAAGUGGAAGUUAUUAGAGAAAAAAUAAUUAAAUAAUCGGUAGACUCCACUAAAAGCUAAGGAUUCGAUCCUUAAAAUUCUUAAAUAAGGACUAUUUCUUAGUGAAUUCUUGCACUAUUUGCGGAUCCCGACGACAUGUGGCGACCUACGAUUGGUUGAUAUUUAUUUUUUUUAUCUAAAAAAGAAAAAAUAAAUUUUAAUACUUAAAAAAUCAAAAUACACUUUUUCUAAGGAUUUCUUUUAGAUUAACACCAUUGCGGGUGCUCUAAGUGACAAAGCAUGGACGCAAAUAACGCGCGUUUCCUUCACUUGCAUGCCUUUAGAUCCAGUUAUACUAUACUGCUCAGAGACUCUCAGACAUAAAUAUUCCAAGUCAUUACAAUGUACGCAAUCAACCUCCUCGAAUCGUAUGCUUAAUUUAAUUAUGAUCGUCGCCUUAUUUAAUAAUAUAUAUGCUUAAUUAAAAAAUUACAUAAUUAUUUUGCUGCAACUUGUUUUUUUUUCUUUUUUUUUCAUGUUAAGAAAAAAUUAUUGUUAAAAGGAAAAAGACUAGUCCAAGAGGGAUCUUGCACUACUUACCUUCCCUAUAAAUAGCCCAAGCAGACCAUCAAGUUUUACAACGAACAAAGAAACAUACAUCACAGCUAAAGAUAAAUCAUUUCUCGACCGUUCAAAGCCGUUUGAUCAGAAUCUGAUCAUGGACAAGGUGAUGAGAAUGUCAUCAGAGAAAGGAGUUGUGAUCUUCACCAAAAACUCGUGCUGUCUUUGCUACGCCGUGCAGGUCCUUUUCCGUGACCUUAGGGUUCAGCCAAAAGUCCACGAGAUCGACAAUGAUCCUGACUGCCGCGAGAUCGAGAAGGCAUUAGUCCGUCUUGGCUGCGCCAACGCGGUUCCUGCUGUUUUUGUUAGUGGUAAGCUGGUGGGUUCGACCAACGAUGUUAUGUCGCUUCACCUAAGUGGAUCUCUCGUUCCCUUGAUCAAGCCGUAUCAGUCGUUCCAUAACUAGAAAAUGAAUCGAUCACUACGAAAAGAUAAUGGUGUGAAAGAUAACACGUAAAUGUGUGUCAUGUUAUAUUGAUAUAAUAUAACUAAUGUUUAUGUUUUGUUUAGCUCAUGUCUAAGAAAUUAAUUAGCUAGCAUUUGUAUUUCCAGCUUAAUUAAUCAGUGGAUGUACUGAACUACUGAUGUGUAUCUAUUGUUAUGGAUGAAAUUAUUUUUUAUAUGUUAAAGUGCA